AUGCCGGGUUCUUCGCUGUGGCUGGCGCCGCCGUCGGACCAUCCAUACCACGAAAUUUUAUCCGAACUUAUCACCAAGAGCUUACCUUCUGAGUUCCCGUCUGUAGUUGGACCCCCUUUCAGUCCACACAUGACCUUGACAUCAAAUAUUGACCCGUCUGUUUACGGCGACAACCCUCAGCAAUGGCUGGACUCAAUUCCCUGGCCGACGGGUGACGAAGUCAAGAUUCUAUUCAGGGGCAUCAGAACGGGGGACGUUUUCUUCCGUCGCGGCUACAUCAAGGUGUACGACACUGAGCCAGUGAAAAGCCUUGCUGGUCUGGCACGAGCUCGCGGCGUUGAGGGCGAGGACAGUAUCGGGCCAAAGACGGAGAAGUGGCUUAAGGAGUGGACUGCCUCUUUUGGACCUCACGUUAGCUUGAUAUACGGUGGCGAUCCUAUUGAUGACACGAAACUAGCACAGAUCGGCGAAUUCUGCGGGGAGUCUGGUCUUGAACUACAAGGCGGAGGCUGGAAAGGCGGUGUUGUCUGGCUAGUACCGACAGACAAGCCAAUCAAUCAGUGGAAGCCUAUAGCCACGAAGACAUUGUGA